AUGGAUUUGAGAACUGGCUAUAUGUUCCCUUGUCUUACUGAUGGACAGUUCGUUGAGGACGAUACGCUCCAGUCGGUUGCGCUCGGUAUAGACAGCCCGAUCUCACUAAGCAAUGGACCUGACGGCGAAUGGGCCCGGGAGCUAUCACUCGCGUGGGCCAUUCUUCUAUUCACUUACAAUGAACAAGAGGCUGUUGAGUUUGCCUGUCUACGCAACGAGCAUUGGUUCUGCGUUGACGCAAAAAUCAGCCGCGACCUCUCCUGGAAAGACAUUGAAUUCCACGAAGGUGGGACCUCGGAUGGACGGCAGGUCAAUACGGGCAUCUGUCUCUCACAGGGGGGAGCGACACCUAUUCCCACACGUCUUCAACUGGUGCUGGUCGGUAGUAUUUUUGGGGGAGGCUUGUCUCUGGGAUACCGGCCAAAUCUGCUCAGCGCUGAACAGGCAGCCAACGUUGCCAGUACCUUAGAGACCAUAAUGCGGGCUCUGCAAGGGCGCACAGUCUCCAUUGGCUCCAUCGAUGUUCUCAGUGAGCGCAAUAUUACCGACCUCAACCGCUUCGCUGUCGCCCGACGUGCGCUACCAGAAGGUUGUCUGGACGAUAUAAUCACAGCACAAGCCGUUGAACGCGGCAACAGCAUAGCCAUUGAUUCCUGGGAUGGCACAUUGUCAUAUCAGGAGCUAGAUACUCUUUCGACACUUCUAGCCAAGUACCUCCGCUCCUUGGGUCUCUCAGGCACGUAUGUUCCUCUUUGUGCGGACAAGUCCGCCUGGGCGGUGGUAGCUAUGUUGGCCAUUCUCAAGGCGGGCGCUGCAUGUUCUCCGUUAGAUCCGUCUCAUCCCCAAAGUCGCUUACAGUCGAUGGUGCAGCGCUGCGAUGCAAAGGCUGUCAUAGCGACCGAGCGACACGCUUCGCUGCUCCAAAUGGAUGGAGUGGAGGUCGUGGUCGUCGGCCCCGACAUGUCCUCCUUUCUACAGCACCAGAUCUCUCCAGCAGAGGCCCCAGGCCCAUCUCAUAGAGACGUUGCAUUUCUAAUGUGGACGUCAGGAAGUACCGGGGCACCCAAGGGAGUCAUUCUAGGGCACACAGCACUGUUCAUGAGCAUCAGCGCAUACGCAGCGGCAAACCAGUUCUCCGCUGAAACCCGGUGCUUCCAAUUUACCUCUUUCACCUUUGCCGUUAGUCUUUGCGACAUUUUUGGCACGCUGAGCCAGGGAGGUUGUCUGUGUAUGCCAUCCGAGACCCAGCGACUCACUGAUUUGACGGGGGCACUGCGGGAGCUCCACGCCACGUUCUGCUGGCUCACCUCAACCUCGCUGGCGGGCCUGAACCCACACGAUUUGCCAGACCUGCGCAGUGUCACUGUCGGGGGCGAAAGCCUCUCUCGGGAGUUGGUUGCUCGAUGGGCCACGCAUCUUCGGUUAACGGUCUCGUAUGGCACAACAGAGACCGCUGGCUGGUGUCUGCUCAAUACCGGAUUGUCUCCGACGGGUGAUGCCCGAACUCUGGGCAGACCGACCAUCCCCGGUGUGUGGAUUGCCCAUCCGGACAAUGUCAAUCGCCUGGUGCCCGUGGGUGCGGUGGGAGAGCUACUAGUGGAAGGGCCGUUCCUGGCGCAAGGCUAUUUGGACGAUGAAGAGCGCACGGCAGCUCAUUUCAUACCGCCUCCAAGCUGGAUGACCCAAUUUCGUCCGCAGGAAGUCACCCGACUAUACCGCACCAAUGACCUGGUGCGCUACAACUCCGAUGGCUCUGUGAGUUUUGUUGGACGACGACAGGCCCAUGCCAAAAUUCGCGGCAAUCGGAUCAGUCUGCCCGAGAUUGAGGCACAGGUACGCCACUCCUGCAAAGAUGCGCAGGCAGUGGUGGAACUGGUGACUACCAAGGAUCAGGUCGAGAUGUUGACGGCAUUUCUGGUCGUGUCUGGGCAGGAGUCCCUCUCAGAGGCCCCCUUGAUCUGCCCACCCAACGACUGCUUUCGAGAGACAGUUACGCAUUCUCUCUCUGUGCUUGAACAAUCAUUACCCAGCUACAUGGUCCCAACUGUAUUUGUUCCUCUCUCCCACAUUCCGCUAACCAGAACGAAUAAAGCCGAUAGACAUGUGCUCCGCAAACUGGCAGAGGCCAUGAGCAGAGCAGAUUUGGUGCAGCUUAUGACAAAACCUCGACCUGUCGAGCAACUCCCCUUAUCACCUCUAGAGCGGCAGAUGCAAGGGCUGUGGGCAGAGCUUACCAAUAUUCCGGCAGAGAGCAUCGGACCAGACGACAACUUCUUCCAUCUCGGCGGGGACUCCGUCCUCGCCAUCCACCUUGUACCCUUGGCCCGUCGACAUGGACUCUCCCUGACCGUACAGGAUGUGUUUCGUUACCCGAAACUGAAAGAGUUAGGGGCACAUCUUGAACAGGAAGCAUCACAAGGAUCCCAGCGUUGGAGAUCCCAGCCUACCGCAUCUUUCGAUCCUACUCCAUGGAAGUCGGUAGCAGCACAGCAAUGUGGGAUAGACGAGUUGGCCAUCGAGGAUGUGUAUCCAUGUACAGCGUUGCAAGAAGGUCUGAUGGCACUGUCGGCACAGCGAACGGGUGCCUAUAUCCUCAGCAUGGCGCACAACCUCUCUCCUACGGUGGAUUUGGGUCGCCUAUUGGAGGCCUGGCAGACGGUAGUGAAAGCCGUACCAAUCCUCCGAACACGCAUCGUACGCCUGACCAACGAGGGCUUCCACCAGGCCGUGGUAGACGAGCCAAUCGAAUGGCAGUCCGUCAAGAGUGAAGCUGAGUUCCACAGAAUGAACCAGCUCAAUCCCCUAGGUUUGGGCACUCGACUACUCCGCUUCGCGCUGUUGCUAUCAGCAGCCGAUCAGCCCUCUCGCCUGCUGCUCGCAAUGCAUCACUCGGUUUUCGACCGCUGGUCAGGCCCCUUGCUAGUGCGAGCAGUUGAGGACGCCUAUCAGGGACAGCGAGUCAUGCCUCAGUACUUCAAAGACUUUGUAUCUUACGUCUCCACCUGUCCCAGGGAGGAGGUUGACGCGUUCUGGCGACACCAGCUCUCCGAUGCCGAUCCGACGGUUUUUCCUCCCACUCCUGAACCCAACUAUCUCCCCAGUCCGACCGAGUCGAGUGAGCGGAUCAUCCUGCUCCCUUUGAGCCGGAGUCAUGUCACAAUUACCACGAAACUGCGCCUUUGCUGGGCACUCGUCCUAUCCCAGCAUACGGGGAACGCUGAUGUCGUGUUUGGUGCCGUAUCCACCGGUCGUAGCGCACCAGUCGAGGGCAUCGAGAGCCUGAUCGGUCCCACUUUGGCGACGGUGCCAUUCAGGCUCCGCAUCGACGGCUCUGCUAUGGUGUCAGAUGCUCUUCAAGCCUUGCAGGACGAGGCCGCAACGAUGCUUCCCUACGAGCAACGAGGCCUUCAGAAUAUCGCACGCAUCAGCCGCGAAACCAGAGCCGCCUGCAACUUUCAGAAUCUCUUAAUUGUACACGCGCCCGAUUCAAGAGGUCAGUCUACCAUACUGAAAAUAACGGAUGAUCAGCAACUACCCGACCUCUUCUCAUAUGGCUUGACGCUAUCCUGUGAAGUCCUGGAUCAAGAUCGGAUCCAGUGCCAGGCAUUUUUUGACCCGAACAUGCUCGAGCACGCUUACGUGAAAGUCCUGCUCGACCAGCUCGCUCAUGCCGUCCAUCAGAUACAUGCAGUUCCAGAUUGUAAAGUCGGCGAGAUUUCGCUCCUCAGCCCGCAGGAUCAACAGCAGUUGCAAGAGUGGAAUCCUCCAAUCCCGCGGGCCGGGCUCACCAUUCAUGAGACUAUCCAGAGGCAAUGCCUGGCUCACCCCCAAAAAGAGGCUGUAUGCUCGUGGGAUGGAUCGAUAACCUAUAGCGCCCUUAAUGAAUUGUCAUCGAGCCUGGCGUCUCAGAUACUGCAACGCUGUAGCCAACCUACCUCGUUCGUACCCUUGCUCAUGGAGAGGUCUAAGUGGACGGCAGUAACCAUGCUGGCUGUAAUGAAGGCCGGAGGGGCAUUUGUCCUCCUGGAUGCCUCAUUCCCUGUGGAGCGGUUGCAGUCGAUUUGCUGUCAGCUCGAUGCGACUCUUAUACUUUCUUCAAGCAAACACGCCGAUGUGGCACAACGCUUGGUAUCGAAUCCCCUCAUUGUUGAUGCCAUCAUCGACUUGCCUGGUCCAUCACUAGCGCUGCCUGUGGUACAUCCAGACGCUACUCUGUACGCUGUGUUCACCUCCGGAUCGACUGGCAGGCCGAAGGCCGUCCUUAUCAGCCACGCCUCGUACGGCAGUGGUGCAGAGGCACACAUACCAGCCGCCUUAAUUACCCCCGCAACGCGGGUGCUGCAAUUUGCCUCGUAUGCCUUCGAUGCCAGCAUCAUUGAACAUUUGAGCACAUUUAUGGCGGGUGGCUGUGUAUGUGUUCUCUCUGACCCGGAGAGAACCUCAUCUCUCGCGGAGGCUGUCGCGGCACGACGGGCCAACUUCGCCUGGUUAACUCCCAGCGUGACCCGGUUCAUUGACCCGCAGGAUUUUCCCACUAUGGAUCGUCUGUGUCUAAUGGGGGAGUCCAUGCGCCGCAGUGAGAUUGAGAGAUGGUCAUCGCGGGUGAAUCUGAUGCAGGCAUACGGACCAGCGGAAUGUUCUGUCCUGGCGACGCUACGACCCAGCCUGACUACACAAUCAGAUCCCCGUAACAUUGGUUGUGCGCGGGGCUGUCACGCCUGGAUCGUAGAUCCAGAGAGCCAUACGCGACUCCUCCCGAUUGGGGCGGUGGGAGAGUUGAUGAUUGAGGGUCCUAUAGUGGGACAGGGAUAUCAUGGCAGUCCGGAACAGACCCAGGCAGCAUUUCCACCGGUACCAGAUUGGUUGAGUGACUACCACGAUGGUGACCUGUCCCAAGUGAGGGUCUACAAGACUGGCGAUUUGGUGCAGUAUUCCCCCAAGCUGGACGGGUCUCUGCUGUUCAUCGGGCGGAAAGACAGGCAGGUCAAGCUUCGCGGGCAGAGACUCGAAUUGAGCGAGGUGGAAUAUCACGCGUACCAUACCCUGGCCGGAACAUGGGAACUUGUGGUGGAGCUUAUCAACUCGCAACAUAACCCGGCACUGGCCCUAUUCUUGGCAGAGAAACAGGACAGUCCGAAGCCCUGUGGGGUCCUUUCCAUGACACCUGCUUGGCGGAGUGUUAUGAGCCGUCUUCGGGAUACUCUGGCGAGCCGAUUGCCUCCUUACAUGGUACCAACCGUGUGGAUCCCUAUCACUCAAAUUCCGCUCUCUUCAUCGCAGAAGACAGAUCGCAGGUCCUUGCAAAGUCUGGCAGGGGACCUCAGCGCAGAACAAUACCAGACGUAUAUCCUGGCCUCCUCGUCGGAAGCCACGCCAGGGCUGACGCACCGCCAUCUGAAAGAAGUGCCGCUCAACGAGAACGAGCUUGUCCUGCAGGACUUGGUCAGACAGGUAUUUACCGGCGAAGAUGGAUCUUUGUCCGUGGCUUCCAUACCAAUGGAUGGGUUAUUCACGGAUAUCGGUGGCAAUUUCCUAGGCGCCUUGGCGUUGACUUCGCUGGCCAAGCAGCACGGAUUUUACUUUACGGCGGGGGAUGUGUUGGGCUCGAGUCUUGGAGAGUUGGCAAGUAUGAGACAUACUUGA